AUGGCCGUACAACUUCUUACCCAAGCCGACGGCUAUGGCAUCAUCGUCGGAUUAUCCAUCCUCUUCUGUCUCAUCAUCCUCGCAGCCGUUCGCAUACAAAAAAGAUAUCUCUCAGAAGACAGCGAUCAAUCCGAAAUGUUCAUGGUAGCAAAUCGUUCCGUCGGCACCGGACUCACUGCAUCCGCCGUGUUCUCAAGCUGGAUGUGGAUCAACGAGAGUGUUUUCUCAGCAGCCUACACGUAUAAAUGGGGAAUCGCCCUCCCCAUCUGGUGGGCCAGCGGUCUCUCCUUCCAAAUCGCACUCAUGGCUGUGCUGGGUAUUGUGGCGAAAUUGAGGGUUCCGUAUGCGCAUACCUCGCUUGAGUUUAUUCGGAUGAGAUAUGGAAAUUAUGCGCAUUGGCUUUUUAUUGUGCUGAAUCUUAUUAAUAAUAUUUUUGGCUGUGGGAGUAUGAUUCUGGCGGGGGCGCAGUUGGUUACGGGUAUGACGGGGAUGCAUGUUGUUGCGGCAUGUGUGUUGAUUCCGGCUGGUGUCGUCAUUUAUACGGCUGUGGGAGGGUUGAAAGCGACGUUCCUGACGGACUUUUUACAUACUACUGUUGCUCUGAUACUCUUGAUCUACUUCUCGCUUGCGGUUCUGAGCAAUGAGCAUAUUGGGGGUGUGUCAGGACUCUAUGAGAAAGUCAAAGCUACAGAUGACUAUAUCCCCGGCAACUAUGAAGGAUCGCUUCUGACAAUGAAGUCCAAGAGCGCCGUCUUAUUUGGUCUCGUCUUAAAAUUCGGCAAUCUUGCCCUUGUCCUCAUGGACACCGCAUUCUGGCAGAAAUCCUUCGCAUCCGAAGUCCACUCGACAGUUCCAGCAUACGAUCUCGUCUCUAUCGUCAUCAUCGCAAUCCCAUGGUGCACAGGAACCAUUAUUGGUCUUAGCGCCCGCGCAAUCGAAAAAACUCCCAUCUGGUUCGACUAUCCCAACACUCUAACGACCACCCAAGUAAAUUCCGGAAUGGUAAUGCCAUACGUCCUUCGUUCUUUAUUAGGUAAAGGCGCAACCACAGGUCUACUUGUGCUUGUAUUCAUGGCCAUCACAAGUACAGUUUCUUCAUCCAUGAUCGCCGUUAGCAGUAUUGUCUCUCUCGAUUUCUUCCGCACCUAUAUCAAUCCCGCAGCUUCAGAUCGCAAAACCCUCAAAGUCAGUCAUUGGGGUGUCGUAUUUCAUGGUUGUUUUAUGGCUGGCUUCGCAAUCAUGCUCGAAUAUGCAGGAGCGACAAAUAACUGGUCAACGUAUUUCCGUCCCAUUAUCGCUUGUCCAGGUAUCCUUCCCAUGAUCUUCACACUUCUCUGGUCACGACAAACAAAGCUAGCAGCUAUACUAGCACCGAUUUUGGGUUUGAUGUCGGGUGUAGCUACUUGGCUCAGUCUCUCCUGGUAUUGGUCUGGUGUCUUGAAUAUCCAAACGACGCAGGCACAGAUCCCAGGGUUGUAUGGAGCUAUCGUUUCGUUUUUCUCACCGGGUAUAUACUCGGUUGUGAUUUCGUUGAUUCGGCCAAGCAAAUUCGAUUGGCGCGAAUUCUUGAGAAUUGGACUCAUUGAAGAUAAAAGCCAAGCAAACAGUUCAUUGACAUCUACACUCCCCAGUAAUGAAGCUGUUAAUCAAGUCGCUCAUGCGGGAGAUGAAUCGAAGAAAGAAUCCUACAUCACCAGCGGAGAUGAGGCCGGUCCUCCCUCUCCUCCUUCUAUAAUACCAAACUCCCAACUUCCCCUCGAUGAUGUGGUCCACCCGUUCGGAGACGAAAUCAUAAAACAUAUUAACAAGUGGCUGAAAAUUGCUAGUGUAUUUUUUGUGGUUAAUGUAUUGGUUACGAUUGUGUUGUGGCCGAUACCACUCUACCGUGAUUGGAUUUUUACGAAGAGUUUCUUCAGCGGAUGGAUUGUGAUGGCGAUUGUGUGGCAUUUCUUUGCCAUUUUGGCGGUGGUUGUUUAUCCAGUUUGGGAUGGAAGGAUUGAGAUUACGAGGGUGGCAAAGGGGAUGAAGGGUGAGUGGAAAAGAUAG